AUGCAGGAUAUAAGUAUGGCAAAAUAUGAACGUCAUUGUUCAAACAAAUUACGAUCAAAAAAUGUGACAAUUCGACAUCAAUUAGAUCAUCAACAAAGUCAGUCAUUGAAAUUUUAUAAUAAAAAUAAUAAUAAACAUCGUCCACAUCCUCCGAUAAUGAAAUCAAAUGAUGGUGAUUUUAUGCCAAUAGCUUCAUCAACACUGUGUGAAGAUAAUAAUAGACAACAAUCAAACUCAUUUAUAUCGAUACAACAUUCAAGUCCAAUUAAUACUUACUAUUUAAAAGAAUGUACAAAAACACAUGAUUUGUUCAAACAAACACCAUCAACUUCUACUGUAGUUUCAAUAUCACCCACAAUUAAUUUUAAUUUUAACGUUCGAUCGUGUAGUACACCAAUUCAUCAUUCGACAACAUUUACUCAACAUGUUCAAUAUUUAAGACGAAAAAUUUUACAUGGAUGUAAUAAACAUUCAACAUAUUUAAAUAAAAAACAACGAAUAUCAGAUUCAUCACAUCAUAAAUUUACACUAUCACCGUUAGAAAAACGAAGUAGAAAAACAACAGUAACUCUAUCGUCGUUUAAUCAACAACUUUUAAAUUUUACUUUUAAUGAGAAAGUACGACAAUAUAAUAAAAAUUUAAAAGUAUGGAUUUUAUAA